GUGAAUGUCAUUCUGGUGGUUUGAAAACGCGUUAGUGCUUACAACUGGCGUCCCCGAAUUCUAGUUGCGAAAAAAUUGGCUUUGAGCAAAUAAAAAGAGUUUAACUAUUAGAAAUCAAUUAUGGGCGUGGAAAUGGACACCAAGGAGGCGGCAGUGGAGCUCACGGAGGCGGAGAACGAGCUGUACGACAGACAAAUUCGCCUGUGGGGUCUGGAGUCGCAAAAGCGCCUGCGCACGGCCAAGAUCCUUAUCGCCGGACUUUGUGGCCUUGGUGCGGAAAUAACCAAGAAUAUCAUUCUGUCUGGAGUUAACUCCGUAAAGCUGUUGGAUAAUAAACCCGUCACUGAAGCGGACUUUUGCUCGCAAUUCCUGGCCGCACGUGAAUCCCUGAACACCAACCGCGCCGAGGCCUCCUUGGUGCGGGCACGUGCUCUUAAUCCGAUGGUGGACAUCUCCGCCGACAGAGAACCGCUAAAGGAGAAGACAGCCGAGUUCUUCGACCAGUUUGACGUUGUGGUUGUUAAUGGCGAGACAAACGAGGAACUGCUGCGCAUCGACACCAUUUGCCGGGAGCUGGGAGUCAAGUUCAUUGCCACCGACGUCUGGGGCACAUUCGGCUUCUACUUUGCCAGUCUUCAAAAGCACAGCUAUGUCGAGGAUGUAAUCAAACACAAGAUCGUAUCGAACCCAGAUAAGAAAAAGAAGUACGAAACUGUGUCCAUUCCAACACAACGCGAAGUGGAUUAUCCUGCGUAUUCGGUCUGGCUAGAUUUCGAUAUAACAGCGCCUAGUUAUUUGCGCAAGCUUAAACGUAAUGGACCAGGCGUUUUGCUGCUGAGUGUUCUACAAAAGUUCCGGAGCACCCACCAGCGAGAUCCCAACUACAAGACCCGAGCGGCGGAUCUGAAACUGCUUCGCGGGAUUCGCGACGAACUUCUGCCAAAUUCAGCCCUGAGUGACGAAGCUUUAGGAACAAUCUUUGCCCAGAUUUCUCCAGCUGUGGCAGUAGUGGGCGGCGUAGUGGCUCAAGAGGUCAUCAAGGUUGUUACCAAAAUGGAAGCACCGCACCGUAAUCUCUUUGUAUUCGACCCCGAGACUUGCGCGGGAUAUUUUGAGACCAUUGAAGCUAAGUGAACCGGUCUACCUACGGCUUCCAUUAAAAAACUGUAUUUCAAAUAACACCAAA